GUAUGACGGUAUCAUUAGGAUAGCUGCAGCAGCAGCAGCAGCAAAGGACGGCUCAGCUGGCGGGACCAUGGCGGCCAGAGCAGCAAUUAAAUUUGGACCUCAGCUUCGUGAACUGAGGAUUCAUUUGUGCCAGCGUUCUAGUGCGAGCCAGGGAGUGAGGGACUUUAUUGAGAAGAAUUAUGUUGAACUGAAGAAAGCAAACCCCAAGCACCCAAUCCUUAUCCGAGAGUGUUCUGGCGUCCUCCCCAAGGCCUGGGCUAGAUAUGACAUGGGCAAAGAAUCAAGUGCAUCCCUGGAAGGCUUGACAUCUGAACAAGUUGGAGAAGCUAUUUCAAAGUUGAAUGCCUGAUAGAUUAAUUAUUUAUUCAUGUACAUAAAAAUGUUUUCCUUGUGUAAUAAAACAUAAGCUGC